UUUCAAUAGCUGAGAGCUAAUAAAUUGCACGCCCCGUUUACCUCCAUAAGCUCUCUUCUAUUCCAUUCAGUUUGGGUCAUGGACAUAUUCCGAGAAGCUUCUGCAUUUGGAAUUGCUUGAUGAAAAUGUCCGCUACAGGGAGGAAGUGAACGAAAGAGGAGUUGUCGACAAUAUAACCAUAGCAGAAGACGGAAUAGAUCUGUCCGACUACUAUCCUUCUGUAGAAUGGGAUAUAAUGUCAAGAAUAGGUAUACGACGGUCGAAGAAUUAUCCAAGUUGUUGUAAGGACAGCGCUUACAAUGAUAUUACGGUGAGCAAUGUAUUACCUAAUCCUAAAAUUUCCUCAAGUAACGGAAAUGUGUUUGCUCAGUAUUAUCUCAUACUUCGUCGUAAACCGCUAUUCUACACAGUAAAUCUAGUGUUUCCCUGCGUCGGUAUAUCGUUUCUGACUAUAGCCGUUUUUUACCUACCAUCGUAUUCCGGCGAGAAAGUGUCAUUGUGCAUCUCAAUACUUGUCGCUCUUACCGUGUUCUUCCUUUUGCUGAUUGAUCUCAUUCCGGCAACUUCUGUAACCUUACCACUAAUAGGCAAAUAUUUGAUUUUUAAUAUGAUUAUGGUAACUUUGAGUGUUCUUAUCACAGUUGUUUCAUUGGGCUUCCAUUUUCGAACUCCACCUGCAGAAAUUAUGCCAAAAUGGGUAAGGACCGUUUUUCUCGACUGGUUGCCUAGAAUGUUAUUCAUGGAAAGGCAACUAAUUGGCAAUGAUGAGUCCCUUAGAGGAGUCAGCUCGCGGAAAGCAGGAGAGCUAGAUGGCAAGAUUCCUUUGAAUUACCAUGAACAUCGUGUGAGCAGAGACGCUCCUGUUGAUGAAAGGAUACAGAAGUUGUACUACUCUCCACAGACAGAAGAAUUGCAGGUCGUAAAAGCUUUCGAAAAUAUUGUUUUUAUCGCUGAGAUCCUCAAAAAGAAUGAUCGAACCGACAAGCUUGAUGAAGACUGGAAAUAUGUUGCUGCUGUGCUCGACAGAUUUUUUCUCUUCAUCUUCGCUGUUGCAUGCUUUACCGGAACGCUGUAUUUUCUUCUGCAAGCUCCUACGUUAUACGAUUACCGAAAGCCCAUCGAUUUGCAAUAUCGUCCAGCUGAGCUAAACGCUCUUUUCUCAUAA